AUCAAUCUUCGACACGGUAUCACUAUGACACAAAUUAGAUCGUCGUGAACGGGAUUUACUGUGGUCGAUUAUGAGAGGCUAGAGAACUUCAAAUUAGGUUCUUUUCCCACGAGAAACCGUGUGAAACACUGGAACAAACGGUCGGCCGCAGAUCAAUGCCAUUAUCUUAGUUGAACAAUUCCUUCGAUCGAGGUGCAAAAGUCAACAGUACCAUGACUCUCGCCCAAGUUCUCUGUCGUUUCUUUCCCAUUAGGAGUGCUCUGCAGACCACCCGGUGCAGCAUCAGGAAGGCUUCGUCUUGUUGCAGAAGAGGAGGCAGUUUCUUGGAGGUCAGCUUUCCUCCGCACCAAACUCUUGUCCAGAUUUCAUCUGUUUCUUUUUCUAAGGUUUCGUGCACAAGUACUUGGCUUGCAUAACUAUCUGCGCUUCAAAAGAGCGCUGGCUCUUUCAGUGCAAACGAUAUACUGGGCAUUUCCUUUUUGUGGAAUACCAACAUGAGAAUCCAUGUGACUGAUCCAUCUUGGAGGCUAGAAACUUUUUUCUCACUCUUAGUCGUGGGGGUUCACGAAUCUGGGGUUCUGAUUGUUUUGGCAGUUUAGGUUGUUGGGUAGUCGAGAAUCCUUGACAUAAUCAAAGUAUGAGGAUCCUAGCCUGCUUUUCAGUAAUGAAGGUUCAAAAUCUAGUAGGCCUCGUGUGGAUCAUUGGGUUGAUGAUCCCUGGUUUAGCAGACGAGAUUCGGGCUACUAUGCCGAUAUCUGCAGUCGUCCAGGAAGUUAAUCAGAAUUAUAAAUUUGAGCGGCUUGACGAGGUCGAAAAGGAAUGUGGGUUUGUUAUAACUCAGUCAAUCAAACUGAAAACCGAUUCAAUCUCGUCGUACACUCUGAAGAAUGAAUUGCAAUUCAGGAAUGGCGACUGGAAGCAGGAUAAGGGUGCAGCGCCGUUGAUGCCAUUUGAUGCCCGAAAUAUUAGCUCUGUUUCACCUAACAAUUCUGAUUUUUCCUCUCCUUUGAACUUAGCAUCGUUCGAGAUAUGGAGCGUGGGUGAUCUUGGUCAUUCUGGGAAAACUAUGAAUGUAUAUGGUCUGCUGGAGUUAGCGGUACUUUCUACCGGGACUCUGUCUGACAUUCCAUUUGGCGGGGCUUCUACUUUCUGGCUUUCUCCUGGUCGAUCCCAUCUCGUGAUUCAGCUUGAAGGAAUCUAUACUGAAAACGAGCAAAAUGAUGGGGAACGUGUACUCUGUAUGCUGGGUAAUGGUCUUUUACCAACUCGUGCGGCAGGCUCUUCGGUCCCGUGGCCUGGACUGCACACUUCUAGUUCUAACUACUAUGAACCAACUCUUUCACGUGAUGAUAAAAUCAUGUUUCUCCUUCGUUACCCUUCAAAUUUCACACUUACAACUAGAGAAGUUCGAGGGGAACUUAAAAGUUUGAAUGGAGCAGAAGAACCUUUAUAUUUUGACAAAGUAUCCAUCUCUUCACAGCUGGGAGCAUAUGCGAAUUACCAGUUUGGUUCAGAAAGUUAUGUAUCAAAAGCAUGCAAACCAUAUCCAUGUCAAGAUAAUUCACAUGAGGAACAUAUAGCCGUCUACAGGGGAGAUCAUUUUUGUGAAUUUAUCCAACGAUUUUCUUGGGGUGACAGCUUCUUUAUUGUACCGAAUUGGAAUUGCAAGGGUAAUGUUGAAUUCUGCAGUAAAUUAGGACCCUUCACUACUGGAGAGCAUAUUAGAAAAAUGAAUGGUAGCUUCAAUAGUAUCAAAUUGAUUAUGCAAGAUGUAAGGUGCGAAACUGGAAGUGAAGGUAACGUGAGUACUGCUAGGAUUUCAGCGGUGCUUCGUACUGUUCUUCCCUUUGAGGACCUGCUCUCGGCAGCCCAAAGAUCCGGCCUCAAUGGCAUGGCUCUCCCUGCAGAAGGAAUAUGGAAAUCCUCAGCUGGCCAGCUUUGCAUGGUUGGGUGCAUUGGAAAUUUGAAGACAUCUGCAGUUGAAUGUAAUUCCCGUAUAUCUAUCUAUAUGCCUCUUUCAUUUUCCAUCAACCAGAGACGUAUCGUUAUCGGGAGUGUGUUCAGUCUUGACAAUGCAACGAACCCUUAUUACCCUUUGUCAUUUGAACGUGUGGUACAUAAUUCUGAUCUCACCCAUGGCAUCCGCCUGUUCUACAAAUAUACAAAAAUAAGUCUUGCUGGUGCUUUCCUGGAGAGAAACCAGCCUUUCGGCUUUGGUAAUCUAAUUAAGAAAUCAUUUCUAAAGUACCCAAGAAAAGAACUGGUUGAUGAACGGGUCAGUCUUUCCCUUCUCAUGGAAGACCUUACCCUGAAUAUCCCUGCACUGCCUGAUCCUAUUCCUAAUGCUCGUUUUAAGAGGACUAUGGUUCGAUUUCAGAUACUAUCACUGGACUCCUUCUUGGAAAAUUAUCGGGCAAUUAAUGCAUCUGUGGCUGGAUUGACAGAACAAAGAAAUAAAACGAUUCAUGCAACAGAGGUAACUGAACAACAGCUCCUAAUAAAUGUUUCAGCUGAGUUGACACUUGUUGGAACUCUACAUACAAAUACUUCCACCUUGUUUCUGGAAGGAUUAUAUGAUCCUAUUGUAGGAAGGAUGUAUCUGAUAGGCUGCAGAGAUGUAAGGGCAUCACACUUUGCCUUCUCUGAAGACCAAGAACUUGAAGAUGGGUUUGAUUGCCUUAUUGAGGUCGAAGUUCAAUAUCCUCCCACAACCUCCCGGUGGUUAGCGAAUCCAUCUGCAAAGAUCUCAAUUGCCAGUCAAAGGAAUGAAGAUGACCUACUGUAUUUCCAGCCCGUAAAACUCCAAACUUUUCCAAUCCUGUACCAGCGGCAACUUGAAGAUAUAGUGACUCAUAAAGGGAUUGAAGGGAUUCUUAGUAUCUUGGCAUUGUCGAUAAUGAUUGCUUGUAUUUUGAGCCAACUAUUCUAUAUCAAAGCCAAUCUAGAAACAGUUCCAUUCAUCUCCAUUGUAAUGCUUGGGGUUCAGGCAGUUGGAUAUAGUAUUCCUCUCAUCACUGGUGCUGAAGCACUUUUUGCGAGGGUAUCUUCUGAUUCUUAUGAAUCAUAUAAUCUGAAAAGAUACCAGAUACUUGAUUACCUCAUCAAGGUUCUUGUGCUGGCUGCAUUUUUCCUCACUUUAAGGCUAUGCCAAAAGGUAUUGAAAUCACGUAUUCGCCUUCUCAUGCGUGCACCGCUUGAACCAAGACGUGUUCCAAAUGAUAAGCGGGUACUACAGAUAUGCUUGUGUGUACAUACAGUUGGGUUUCUGGUUAUUCUGAUUGUUCACAGUGCAAGUGCCAGUAAGAGGCCAUUCCAGUCAGACUCAUAUCUUGAUUCAACAGGAAAGUUCCGUAGGAAACAUGAAUGGGAAACAGAGUUAAAGGAGUAUGUAGGUCUUAUACAGGACUUUUUUCUUCUUCCUCAGAUUGUUGGCAACAUCCUUUGGCAGAUCAAUGGCAAGCCACUAAGGAAAUUUUACUACAUUGGGGUUACAAUUGUGAGACUUUUUCCACAUAUAUAUGACUACAUAACUGCUCCUAUAGCCAACCCUUACUUCUCUGAACAAUAUGAAUUUGUAAACCCAACUAUGGACUUUUAUUCUAAGUUUAGUGAUGUUUCAAUACCAGUAGUUGCUGCCAUUCUUGCAGUUGUUAUUUUUAUACAACAAAGAUGGAGUUAUGUGGAAAUCCAGGAGGCAUUUAAGUUAGGGAAGAAGUCACUUCUGCCUCUAGGCUCACGUGUAUAUGAAAGGCUCCCAUCUAGAUCAUUUGAAGCAGAGCUUGUUUCUGGUGUUAAUGAAGCUGUUGCAGAAGGAGCCCAACAAAAAAGAAGGGACGAGAGGCUGAUCCAAGGAUAGAAGAAAUAGCCUCCUCAAAUUUCCUUGGUAUUCCUUGGAAGUUGGAAAAGUACGCCAUCUCUGAUCACACCUAAAACGACUGUAGCAAGCAGACGGAUAGCCAUACUAAGAACUCAUCAAGGCCUUCCUUUUGACGAUUCACUGAAGCAAACACAGAGAUGGCCGUACUUCAUGUGAACAUGAAGGUCCUUUCCGAAUCACACAGGUAACAUGAAGCAUGAGGCACGAAACCAUGAGAGUAUACAGAACCAUGUCUUUUUAGCACCCCCUUUCAGAUCGGACUGUGCAUCCAGUUUCAUCAUAAAGCUCCUCCCUUUUUUGUAUUCUCUGCUUUGGCAGUUUAGGCGCCUCUCUCCAAUCUCAUGUACUCUUGGCAAAAGCUCUUUAUGCUAAUAUUGAGCAUAUCCUCUGCAUUUGAUUUCAUUUCAUUUAGGUACGUCAUUAGUUCCUAUGAAGGCAUUCUACUUGAAGUCCCACCUAUGUCGCUAAUUGGCUGUUUGCCACAAUUC